UGGGUUCUGUCCUCACGUGACCUGAGGAGAGAUGUUUGGUAGCCCAUCUCUCAUGUAAACCUGAAGGAGAGUGGUCAGACUAAAGCCAUCUCAAGAUAAUCAAGCAAAAGAAAGAUGAGCUUCAUCUGUGGACUGCAGCUUGCGAUUAGAAACUGUGUUUUCUUCCGAUUUAAUUCACUGGCCAACUGGAGAAAAUGUAACACACUAGCAGUAACCUCGCUGGACUGUCCUCAAGUACAAAUUAAUCAUAUAGUAAAUAUAUAUCAAGGACUGGGAGUAAAUCAGUGUAAUAGGUUGGCUUUUCUGCCUGGAAACUUUCAUUUCUAUAGGACUUUUAGUAACAAAAGAACAGGAUGCCUCUCAAGUACGAAAAGUAAGGAAAUUUGGAUGAUUACCCGCAAAUGUGCUGCAUGGAAUGAGUCUUUUUCAAGACAGCUACUGAUAAAAGAAGUUCUAGUAGUUCCUGCUCUUUCAGUAUUGUGCCCUCUAAGCUAUCCUCCAUUAAGAGCUGUAAGGAAUUUCCACACUUCUCCCCGGUUUCAAGCUGCUCCAGUUCCUCUCUUACUGAUCAUUCUUAAACCAGUGCAGAAGCUACUUGCAAUCAUCGUAGGCAGGGGCAUAAGGAAAUGGUGGCAGGCACUUCCUCCUAACAAGAAGGAACUAUUUAAAGAAAGUGUAAAGAAAAAUAAAUGGAAGUUAUUCCUUGGUUUGAGUAGUUUUGGAUUGCUAUUCAUAGUGUUUUAUUUUACUCACCUGGAAGUGAGUCCAGUCACAGGAAGGAGCAAGCUACUAUUAUUGGGGAAAGAGCAUUUCAGACUUUUAUCAGAACUGGAAUAUGAAGCAUGGAUGGAAGAAUUUAAAAAUGAUAUUUUAACUGAGAAAGAUGACCGAUACCUGACUGCUAAAAAAGUGGUUUAUCAUCUAAUUGAAUGCAAUAAAGAUAUCCCAGGGAUCUCUGAGGUCAAUUGGAUUAUUCAUGUGGUUGAUUCCCCAGAUAUAAAUGCCUUUGUAUUUCCAAAUGGACAAAUGUUUAUUUUUACUGGGCUUUUAAAUAGUGUGACUGAUAUUCAUCAACUUUCCUUCCUUCUGGGCCAUGAAAUAGCACAUGUAGUACUUGGGCAUGCUGCAGAAAAGGCUAGCAUGGUUCAUUUCUUGGAUUUUCUUGGUAUGAUUUUUCUCACAAUGAUUUGGGCCCUUUGUCCUCGAGAUAGUUUGGCACUUUUGGGCCAGUGGAUACAGUCUAAAUUGCAGGAGUAUAUGUUUGAUAGGCCAUACAAUAGAACAUUGGAGGCUGAAGCUGACAAAAUUGGACUACUGCUUGCUGCAAAGGCUUGUGUAGACGUAAGAGCCAGUUCAGCAUUUUGGCAGCAGAUGGAAUUUGCACAUAACUUCCGUGGUCAUACUGAGUUGCCAGAAUGGUUAUCUACACACCCUUCUCAUGGAAAUCGAGCUGAGCACUUGGAUGGACUUAUACCUCAGGCUCUCAAAAUUAGAGAGAUCUGUAACUGCCCACCACUUUCUGGACCAGACCCUCGAUUACUAUUCAAACUUGGCAUGAAACAUGUUCUUGAGGAAUCAGAGAAAGAAGACCUAAAUGCCACUGUUAAGAAACAGAAUAUGGAUACUCUUCCAAUUCAAAAACAGGCGCAAAUAUCAUUACAUACAUAGUUAAGAAAAAAACUGGCAGUUGAAUUGAAAUUUAUGAGACAAGAUAUAUGAAGAAUACAGCAAUCCUUAUCAUUUCUAUGUUAUUAUUUUUUUAAUGUUUAAAUGAAAAAAAAGUAUAUUCAGAGUCAAAUCAUGUAUACUACAGAUAUUAUCUAAAUUCUUCUA